AUGGAAGUUGCAAUAAAACCUGGAAUGCGAUUUCGUGAAGUCGGUGAAGUCAUUAAUCGCCAUGCGACAAUGUCGGGAUUCUCUCUGGUGAAAUCAGUUUGCGGUCAUGGUAUUGGGGAGCUUUUUCAUUGUGCACCAAAUAUUCCCCAUUAUGCAAGGGUUUGGCGUGAUCGGAUGUGGCCCGAUGGAUGGACUGUUGUUACAGCAGAUGGCAAGCGCAGUGCUCAGUUUGAGCACACACUUCUGGUGACAGAGACAGGAGUUGAAGUUCUUACAGCUCGGUUGCCUUCUUCACCCAAAGUGUUCCCUUGGGUUAAAUGCUUAAUGUCUGGCUGCCUCGUCUUAUUGAAAGUAGCAAAGAGACAUAAGGGUGCCAUUCAUGAAACGGGUUGUGUACCGACAUGUUCGAUGUUCAAACAGCUUUGA